AAACAGCUCGUGAUUAGCAGAUUGCAUUUAGUGGGUGGGCUGUCAAAUCGAUCACAGUCACAGAAACCACAUGUGAGCAGAACAAGUUCUUAACAUAGGAGAGAUGACAUAGCAAUGGAAAUGGCGAAUUCGUGAUGCACAUAUAUAAAGCUAGCAACAGGUAUAGGCGAUGUGUGUGCUUGACAGUGUACAGUGCAGACCAUGGGUGGCGACGGCAAGCACACCAAGUUACCAUGGCUGGGCGUGGCGAGGUACGCGGUGACCGCGGUGCUCGCGGCGACGGUGGCGGCGACGGUGGUGCUGGCCAUCAGGAUGGUGCUCCGGCCGGUGGAGCUGGACCUGUCGGUGGCCAACGGCGCGGUGUCCGUGGAGCGGCCGGAGUCGCCGUCGGCGGCGUCGCUGGUCAAGUACAAGGUGACGCUCCGCGCCUACAACCCGAGCGGCCGCGCCGUGGUCCACUUCGGCGGCGACAACCUCGUCCGCCUCAUCUACGGCGCCGCGGCGCAGACGGAGCUCGCCGCGUUCACGCUCCCCGCGUUCGUCGUGCCGCAGCAGGAGUCGCACUUCGUCACCAAGUCCGCGUUCCUGAACGCCUCCGCGCUGCCGGCGUCGCUCGCCGCGAGGCUCUACGACGGCGAGACCGACCAGGUGGUGGUGCAGGCCGUGGCGUCGCUCAGCUUCACCAUCGGCGGCGCGCGCGGCGUGAGCGCCGGCAGGCGCGGCCACAACUUCACCUUCCACUGCUGGCCGGUGUCCAUCUCCAGCUACUACGAGGUGUCCGGCGGCGAGGCGUCGUGCAGCCAGGACACCACCGAGGCGGCGGUCGCCGGCCUCACCCACGACCGCUGCAUCGGCGGCCCUUGCCCGGAGCCGUACAAGAACUCCGGUAACUGCUCCGGGAAUAAUAGCACCGGCAUCAAGGGGUGAUCGAUCAGCUAAUUUCAUUUCGCGGGGUGUAAUUUGAUUUCCAGAUGCUACUGUAAUUAACUAAUUUAUUACAAAUUGAAGAAAUAAUUGUAUUGAAGUUGUGUACUGAAACUUAAAUUGUGCUUGAACAAUGAAAAAGUGGAAACUAAAGGCAUUUUGAUUUGUUGCCACGUUCAACCC